GAAGAAUAAUCACACUUGGAUGUGUUAAAUUAACCAGCAACCUUUCAAGGACAAAAUCAUGGACUUAUCAGCCUGCGUGCCAAAUUCUAUAGUCGGUUGCUAAGGAUAAGAAAUAAACAAAUAGCUCAGGCCUAGAAAGAGCUGAUGAAUGGGUCUCGCUCUCAAAUGUUUGCCGGGAAUAACUCGAUGAACAUGCUGAAAGUUCCUAAUGAAUAUCGUCGUCAAUAUGUACCAAAGAUAAUGGAAAACUUAUUUUCCUAUCAAAUGUUUCUGGAUAAAAAAAAAACAUUUAAUAAAACAGUGCAAAGAUACCACCUAAAUAAGCAGUGUCAGAUCCGUGUUUCGCUGUCGCACUCGCGGCUUCCCCGUGACAUUCCUGGGUUUCUCGUCAUAUUGGUCGACCAUCACCACAUCCUCAUCAAAAAUGUGUUUACAUUUUACUACGCUAUGUAUUUACAUUUGGAAGAAACCAGGACAGACAAAAGUUUAAUUCCCUACGUUAAAUCCAGGACAGUAUUGUUAAAAAUAAAACUGCAAUCCUCUUGAAAAGCCAUGACAGUUUCCUCGCUAAAUAGUUCCAAUCUUUCUCUCCUUGACGCACAGGAUCCUAUAUAUCGUCCCCAAAUCCUUACGAAAAAUCAAUGAUCAAAACAAAUCUGACAUUAAAUCGCGCGCUUUCCGUUGAGUGUUCUCGCCCCCCCCCCCCUUUAAUUUAACGUGUCAGUCAUCCUAAAUCCAUACCCUAACGGUACCCAGACCAAAAUAGGAAGGAAUUUUCUAUUCAUGUAAGAUCAGAGAGAAACAUCAGUGGGUCGGAGCUGGGCAAAAGGAUAGAAGGUUAGCAGCCCAGCGCCCGACCAGAUCCUGGCCAAACCUUGCCUGAGCUGAUGGUGAGGCUGCAGGUGGCCAGCGGCUGCUGCUGCUGACAUGGCUGGCGGUCCAAGGUGGUCGGCCGCCCUGGUCUCCUCCGUCGCUGCUGGGUUGCACGCCCCGACUCUUCUUUCAGCGCCGCCCGGUUGACGGGCCGUGCGGCCGGCAGGGCCGGCCGGGCCCCGCCGAUGGUCUACCGCUGCUGGUGAGCCCUCCUCCUGUAUUGCAGGGCCGUCCGGCCACACGGGCCGUCCGGCCCAGCCGACGUCCUGCCGUCGAUGGUCAGCUCUCAGGCCAGACUGCAACUCCCGACUGUCCUCUUCUCUCCCCCUGGCCUCGUUCUCCCUCGGCUCCCCAGUGCAGCUGCUCAUGGCUGACAGAGGCGUCUUCAGGUACUGGUGUUCGUCCUGGUCUUCGCGUGGUCUCCUCCUUCUCCUCCUUCCUCCGCCUCUGCGCCCGGGUUGUUUUGACGGCCGGGUCCCCUCUCGCCCCGGCCGUACCCUUUUGGUCCGGCGUGGCCCGGGGGCUGUUUGCCGGCGCGGCGGUGCGGUGACGCCAGCGCCGGCGCCCAAACCCCGGUGCACACGCCGUCGUCGCCAUGAGAGAAUGUUGGAAAUACUCGUUUAAAAUGUAGCGCGUCAGCGUUACAGAGACAUGGGGAAGGAGAGGGAAUGGGGAAGGCAGGUUCAGAGCAUCUCACUUAUCUUUCAUGACGUUUUAUCUAUACUUCUGGCACAACCGAAUAUCGAUACAACGAAUCCCAAUCUCAGCAGCUGCGACAUGGACCCUUCAGCACAGCUGCUGUACCUACAGGAGUCUGAACUCUGAUGAUUGUCUCUGAUAAGACUCGGAACUCAAUCCAUGAGUCUCAGAGUUAUUCGACGCCAUGGUUAUUGACCAUUUACCCGCGCCCUCUCGCAGGCGGCUCGGCGCGGCCGCUCGCCCCCCGUCCGCCCGAGUUCGGCCGGUACCCGGUGGCCGACCCGCUCCACCGGCUCGGCCCUCUGGAGACGUUCUCUGCGCACCACCGCUGGUCGCAGCCCCGGGAGGUCACUGUGAGCCGGCGGCCCGGCGAGCCGCUCGGGUUCAGUCUGAAGAGGGAGGCGCCUGUCGUGGUGGUGGAUGUGGAACAGGAUGGAGCGGCACAGAGAGCUGGUCUGAAGGACGGCGACUAUAUUGUGGCCAUAGGGGAGCAGGACCUCAAGUGGAGCGGUCACAGUGACGUUGUGGACCUGCUGAGAAAGGCCGGCACAGAGUUCAGCGUCACCGCGGUCACGCCGCAGCACCGGGCGGCACAGCAGCCGAAGAGUCCGCCGGCUACUCCAGACGGCUCGUGGGACUCUGUAUCCAGUUCAGGAGUCAGCUCAGCCGCGCCCAGCCGAAAACAGAGCCCGGCAGGCAGCGUGGCCAGCACCGCCAGCAAGACGGCCGCCUCCCGGCGACUCUCCUGGAACCCCUUCCGGCGAGCAACGCGAUCCGACUCCGGGUCGGGGAAGACACGCUCGGCAGCCGCGUGACGGGCGUCACGGAGAAUCCGUGACGGGCGUGAUGGAGAGCCACGUAGAGAUGUUGUUUUGUGGUGUGAUGAAUGAAAUAUGUAGUCUUCCGACGUGCAGGAAAGAGCGGAUUCGAGACGGGUUGUGCCCAAUGGUUGUGUUGGGACUGCGAACCCCGGUCAGUGUGAUAUUUACCCUAUAGAUGGCUGCCGAUAUGCCUAACCCACCUAGCUGGCUGAUUGCCCAAUAGGUUAGGGCACGACAGUCAGUUAUAUUUAGAGAGUCAGGUCGUUGUGCUUGCCUGUUUGUCGCUAUUUACCCAGCCCAAGACCUUUUUAGGUACUGUGAAGUAUGCCAUGCAAUGCGUGAAAGAAUUUAAUGAUGUUGGUGUUAAAUAAAGUUAUGCCUAGUGCCUACA